CGUCGGCGUUCCCUGAGCAGCAGCCAGCAUGUACCGGCGGUCCAUCUCCCUUCUGAUGCUGCUAGCUACGUGCUUUGCGGAAUUUUACCCUCUGCAUGAGAUCGCCGUGCACGAUCCGAAGUCGUUCGACCUGCUGUACAGCUCCACCUCGGGGCCUCACAACGAGUCGUGGAACUUCGCGGCACCCGUUAAACUAACCGCUGUCAUCCUUCCGUCGCAGGUCUUCAACUUCAACUCUGGAGGUCUUUGGCCAGGCGGGACAUAUGCAGAGAAUUUGAAGGUCCUGGUGUACCGGACACAAUUGGCCGCUGAUGCAGAAGACGAGGUCACCGUUCUAGUAGGCUCAGGAUCGUUCAACGACAGCGUUCACUUCGGCCAGGAGCUGCGUAUCGCCAUGACAACUGAAAACGCCGCAGCUAUCCCAGUCGCAGAGUACGUGACUUCAAUCAACGGCUACAGCUACACCUUCAGCAUCAUCUUCGGGACGACGGGUUUCUACCCUUGGUACAACAGCAGAGUCCUCUCGUCCUACUCCGCUGUCGAUAAGUCAACGAAUGUGGCUGGCAUAGCCCUGGGCAUCGCCUUUAGUGACGGCUAAGACGCCGUGGCUGUGGCUGUGGGGUCGUUACCAUUGCUGCAGUAUCGGACUAUGCUAGGUACCAGUUAUGCACUGAUACCCGCCAAGAAACUAAUUUGCCAGCCUGAGUUUAAGAGUGCUUAUAAAUUAUAAUUAUGCUAAACCAAAUUUUUUAAGCUCUGCUUAAGUGUAACGAGACAUACAAUUAGUAUACGAUAUCUCCAGCAGAGCAGGGGAAUAAAAGCACUAAAAUAGUAUUGUUUUCUAUUUAGACAUAAGACUGAUAUACUAUAACUGCAGUGCAGUGCCACAGAACUGUGCUGCUUCAAUGUAAAUACUAAUAAUAAAAUAUUCUUGUCUAAGACUCAUAA